CUUAUUGAGAUGAGGUGAGCCCAGGAACAAGGCUGUGACAUCUAAGGACGAGCUAAGCAUCCAGCCACUGGCUUAUCUUUUGCUCAUCUACCCUGUACCAUUCACUUUGAUUGGCUGGUUGCAAUACCUACGGAGCGAGUGAGAACAGGCAGAACACGGGCUAAUGUAUACUAAGCCUUUUAGUCGUGUGUGAUCCCGACAUAAUGUAACGUUUGUCUCCUUAAAGAACCACCCAGCCGAGGGUGGACGAAGCUAUGAUUCUAGAUAAAUAAUCAAGUGGUUGUUCGACUACUGUCCGGACUCGAGUCUUUCCAUGAAUAUUUCCCGAGCACGAUGCCUAGCUCUGACUCACCCUCCAUGCCCCCCUCUACCUCCCCAGCCAGCUUUCAUCUGGCAGACGGGCUAGGCUAUGCUCUUCAACAAAACCACCGGUCGGUAAUCCGCCUACACGUGCAGCACUUCCUAUGGCGGCAAGUAUUUGGCUACAGCAUCCACCCUUCAAUUCCCACCACACCAGCGGCGCUUAAAAAAGUGGUCGAUGUGGCUUGCGGCACGGCCCUCUGGCUGAUCGAUGUGGCCCACGAGUUUCACCAUACCAACGAAAACCUCCAGCUGGACGGGUUAGAUAUCGAUCUCACCCAAGCACCACAUUCUGGGUGGCUGCCGUCCAACAUCCAUCUUGAUCACUGGGACCUAUUCACUCCGGUACCCCAGCAACUGCAGGAGCAGUAUGAUCUCGUGCACGUCCGACUAUUAGUGUUGAUUUUAUCCGGGCUGGAUCCGAUGCCGGUUAUCCGACGGCUCUUCCAGCUAGUCAAGCCCGGGGGUUAUCUCCAGUGGGAUGAGCUGAAUUGUGCCAACCUGUGCAUCAAGAAGACGGAUCCGUCCAUUGCUGCACCGGCCUUGGAGGAGAUCCGUGUGGGUUCGCAUGCUGAUGGUCGCCAUGAUUGGGCUUUGGAUCUGCCGCGGCUGUUGGCUGAAGUUGGCUUCCAGGAAGUGACCAUCGAUCACUACGAUGAACCUCCGGAGAUGGUUCGGGCCUUUAACGAUCUGCAUUUGUUGACCAUGGAGGAGUUUGCCGCUAGACUGGCAGGCCAGGGCCAACACAAGGCUGCGGCGAGAUUCACCCAGCUCAUCCAGGCUGGCUAUCAGGAGUCGGUUAAUGGGGCCGCCCUUUCAUUUCCGCGGGUGGUCGUCGUGGCUAAGCGACCGGAGUAAGGGCCUAAUAACUAACCGAGAUGGAGAAUGACCAGGGUCCGUGUAGUAGUUACAUAUCUUGCUUACUUCGGGGUGUUGACCAUGAUUAGUUAUUGAGUGAAUGUGAUUAGUAGCCUAUGGUG